AUGGCGGUCAAUGGGACUAAACCAGCCGAAUCUUUACGGUAUUUAGCAUGUUCCUUGGCUGCUUUAAAUCCAGCACCUUGGGAAAAGGUAAGAUCGGAAAUUUUUCGGAAAACGAUAUAUUCGUCGCUUACAUUGGGUACAAAAUGAUCAGAAAUGUGUUGAAAUUAUUUUGAAUAUUCACGUGAAGGAUCGGAAACUUCAGCUUACAUGUUUGUUUACUUAGGUAUGCGAACUCGAAUUUCAGCUCAAAAUUUUUAUGUGAUUGGAUCAACGACGUGAAGAUAGAUCAAAUGGUCUACAGCAUCAAACUUAAAAAUGUUUGAAAGUCGAAAAUAUUAAAUUUGAGAAGGAGACUUGUAUUUGAGACAAAAUCACAUCAAUAAUACUGGACAUUUUACAUGGCCUGCUAAUGUUCAUAAUCUUAAGCUUCCAUUUAUUGUUACUAUUUGGCUUUUCUUGAGAAAGCCGAAUUGCAGAUACCUAAGAGGAAUGCUUUGAGCAAGAAGUAAAACCCAUAACAAACAAACUAAACACACAUAAAAUAUCAAAUGAGGAAACUGAAGUGGGUCAGACAACCCUUUCACUUCAGCGCUAAGGGUGUCUGUUAUUUGUUUUAGCAGGAAUAUAUAUUUUUAUUUUUCCUCUGGUACUAUGCUUUUUGUUGUUUGUUAUUUGUUCUUUUUAAACCUUGAAUUUUACUUUAACCCUUUCACUCCCACAAGUGACCAAGACAGAAUUUCUCCUUACAAUAUCUAUACAAUGUCAAGCAGGUAGGUGAUGAGAAUAGAGAAGAAUAUCAAUUAUGGGAUUAUUAGUUGAUCCAAUACCAAAUUCUCUGAACUAACAUCAUAAGAAUUGUAUGGCAGAUAGUAAGGAGAAUUACUUAUUAGAUCUUGGGAGUGAAAGGGUUAAAUUUCUAGAAAAUAAUUAUUUCCCUUAACCUAUAUUUCCAGUUUAUCUUGUGCAUGAAUUUUAGGUAAAAUUACCCACCCCUCCAUCGGAACUAAGAUUAUUUGUUCUUUAUUUUCCUUACUAGGUAAAGAGAUUAAGCCGUCUGUGCCCAGCAAAUCCUGCUUCAGACACAGAAGUGUUUGUCUUUGAUCAACGUGGUACUGAUGGCGUUCUUGCUCUGGGAUUGUUUGAACUCCACUCCAGCUUGCAGUACAAGGAGAAAAUCAUGCCCUAUUUGGUGAAUGUUCUCAAGAGUUUACCAACUGCCAAAUGGCUGGAAGCGCGAGGUCCAGAGCUGUCACCUACCAGCCCUUUAGCAGGAGAAUUUGCAUUCUGUUUUGUGACACUUAUGAGUGGGCUGGCAGCAAAAGACAACAGCUUGGAUGGAGACAUCAUCAAAUUGCAACUUAACUUGUUCAAUACUGUAAUUGAACAGUGCUGCAGUUAUCAAGAGCUCCCUGACCUUAAAAAAGGUAAAAUGUUGUAAUAAAUACUUUUCAAAAAAAUCAGAAUUCUGUAAGCUGUUUCAUGACCAUCUUUAACCCUUUCUAUCCUAACAUCAGCAUGCCUAUUCUCCAUAAUGUUCUAUAGACAUUCCCUAAAGUACUGACAAGGAUAAUUUGUUUAUUAAUCAAGGCCUUCUUUACUUGGUGAUCAUAUCCUUUAUUCUCACAAGCUUUAUGUUUGAUUCAGCUGUAAUAUUGUAAGGAGAAACUACAUGUAGAUGUUAGUCACUCUUCAGGAUCGAAAGGGUUAAGCUGGGUUAACCCUUUAACUCCCAUAAGUGACCAAGACAGAAUUUCUCCUUACAAUAUCAAUACAAUAUCAAGCAGAUAAGUGAUGAGAAUAAAGAAAAAUAUAAAUUAAGGGAGUAUAAGUCGAUCCAAUACCAAAUUCUCCAAACAAACAUCAUGAGAACUGUAUUGUGGACAGUUAGGAGAAUUACUAAUGAGAUCUUGGGAGUUAAUAGGGUUUAGACUACCACACUAUACUUCUCAAAUAUUAUUUUAAAGUAAAUAUUGUAUAACUAAAAACAAUGAUUGCUUUUGGAGUUAUUGCUGAGGAUAAUUCACCAAUCAGAACCUCUGUAACAGUCCACUGAUCCUUGCUUGUUACUUUCAUCCAGCAAAUUUUUGUCGCACAACUGUUCCUCUUCUGUUGGGUGUGGCUCAAGCCCUUGGUGUCUCCAGUGUGUAUGUGUCUGACCCCUCCCUGAUCACAAAGCUGUUGUUUCCAAACAACUCUGGACAUGCUACUCCUACUGAACUUCAGCUGCCCAAGGCCCUGAGUCGCUCUGCUCCAAGACGAUUUUUGAGUUUUCCACAAGGCAAGAGAGAUAGCAGUUAUCAUUUAUCUGAUGUUCAGUUGAAAGACCUCAUCACAAAGGUAAGUUACCCAAGUGUGCAUUACAUGUAGUGCUUGUAAGUUUAAUAUUUACUUUAAGUUAUUGUUGUCAACUGAUGAAGCCGCCAACCUUGAAAAAGUGUUUUGCUGGAAUACAUGCCCAUACUGUGGGUAAAAAAAGUUGAUGAGUGCCUAGCUUUGUAAAGUCCCUCCUUCCCCAGGCCCCUUUCCCCCUUCAAAGAUAAAACUGAAGUUCACAGGUAGAGCAUUUUUAAAUUUUUUUUCAUUAUUUUUAAAAUUUUUUUUACUGGAUUACAAUUUCUAAAUUCACCAUUUUAUUAUGUGUCGAAAAUGGUGAAAAUCUGAUGAACCUCCAGCCUUGAAUAAGCACUUUUUCUCAAGGCCCAUUAACCCUUUAGUCCCUAAGAGUGACUAGCAUCUAAUUUCUCCACACUAUAUCACCCCCUGAAUCAAGCAUGACAGUUAUGAGAACAGAGGAGAUGAUCACCAACUAAAGCAGCUCUUGAUUGUUACACUAAUUCUCCUUGUCAGCCUCUUUGGAAAUGUAUUGAGAACAGUAUGGAGAAUAUGCAUACUGAUGUUAGGGGAGGAAAGGGUUGAUUUAUAAGCACCCAGGCUGCGUAAUCUAAUAAAUUAAUAGGGUAUGUAUCAUUAAUUCAUUCAUUGUUAUGUUUCGGACAGGUGGAACGAUUGAUUACUUCUCCAAUUCUUCAAGGCUUAGACAGUGUCUUGUCGGACUGCAUUCAGGUAAUGUGUGUAAUAGAUGAAUGCUAAUGGUGAAGAAUACAUGUUGUUAUUAUAAUGAUUAUGUAUGGUUUUAAUUGCAAUAUUUUGGUGGAAAUCUAUGCAAAGCAUGAUAUUGGGGUGAAUAAUCUGCUAAAGAAGACAGCUUAUAAAGACAUGUUGCAAUAAUAGUUUAUUUUUGAUGUACUUAUUGCUUUUUUCUUUUUCUUUUUCUUUUUUUGCCUUUCUAUUAAAAGCUUCACUCUUAAAGUUUUUUGAUAGUUACAUUUUUGGCCCCUAAUAUUGUGCAUCUACUAUUAAUAGAAAUCACCUACUUGGAGGCACUGUCAAUGUAUUUUAGAGUGGCCCUCACUGCAAUUUGCCUCCACCCUUUAAUACUCCUGGUUAGAAAAGAUGUGUUGACAAUGAAAUGUUUUGAUCAUAAAAAACCAAUGCAAUUAUGCUGAUUUGGAUUCAACCUAGUUUCUUUCAGUGUACCUCAUUGAAUCUUAGCAGUAACCAUUAACUAGCAUGUGAUGCAGUUUCCCAUAAUGCCAUAUUAACGAGGAAUUGAUUGAUUCAGUUUUCAUAAGCAGCGUGCCAUCUGUUGAAUCAGGUUGAGAUCCUUUCAGCAAUCAAUUUUUUAUGAUUGAUCUACUCCUGUGUUUAAAUAAUAUUUAUCAUUGAUUCCUAUCACUGGUAAGUGGUUGAUAAUACCUAAAGUUGUUGUUGUUGUUGUUUUUUUAAUAAGUAUGGACUGGAAAAUUUGUGAAAAUUCCUAAUUUAUUCAACUCAUAGGUUAACCCAUAUUUUGUUCUUUUGUGAUUAGGCAGACCUGUUAAAGACUUCUUUUCCAUUCCACUCGUUCAGUGAAGCUGUAUUGUUAUCUAUGGUAACAUUGUUAAGGGAUCUGUGUCAGAAUACUCCAGGUGAAGAUAUAUAUAUCCCUCAAUUACCAGAAUCUAACAACUAUUUUCCCCUUAAAUGAUUUUGUUUUUUAUUUAUACAUUUUUGAGCAUUUGCCCUCAAGAGAUACCCAUGGAUGCUUAUCUAAUGAGCUCAUGCAUUAAUAAAUGAAUCACAGCCACUCCGUUUGCAAUAAAGGGAAAUCAGUUCAGAGAGGGGACCUUUAUAACAGCAGUACAUGUAACUUGUGCAGAUUCUCUUAACCCUUUAAUUCCCAGAAGUGAUUCACAUGAAACUUCUCCCUACAAUACUCAUAAAUUAUCCAGCAAAUAGGUAGUUAGAGUACUCAAAUAUAUCAGGCAGAAGUUUAUAUCCUGAUCUAAAACCAAAUUCUUUUAUUUUAUCGAGAAGGACAUGUGUAGCAGUUAGAGGAGAGAAUUAACAAUUAGAUCUUGAGAGUCAAAGAGUUGAAUAAUUUUUGUCUCAGAUAAAUAAUUUCAAAUCUAGUGAAUUAGCUGUACUGAUCAGUCCCUGGAGUGACAGGUCUGACAGACGAAUUGAUCAAACAUGGACGGAGACUCUUGUAUAGACUAGGACAGUGAGGCAGAUACAAAUGUGUAGACAACUGAUAGAAAAGCAAAUAAAUAGAUGGGGCAAGUUUCUCAAGAAACUGUGGAGCUGAAUCGGUGGGAGAGUAUAACAGGGUAAUUUAGGAUUAUCAACUGAGUUGAUAACGUAAAUUGGCCACCGUAAAGAGUUUUAAAGUUGACGUUUCGCGCGUUAGCCCUUCGUCAGAAGUGUCUUGUUACGGUGGCCAAUUUACGUUAUCAACUUAGUUGAUAGUACUAGAGUACCCUGAUAGAGAAAUAGACAGAGGAGUGGACAAACAGACAGACAGAAAGAUAGAUGGAUGAUUGAGCAGUUAGACAGACAGACAGACGAAUGGAUUGGGACUGACUGACAGAAAAAAUGAGUUAAGAGGAUGAAGAGACUGUCAGUCAGACGAGGCGACUGAUGGAGCGAUUGACAGGAAUUAGCACAGUUUAACAACCGCAAAGAAAAAUUUUUGUUUUUGUUUUAUUUCAGGUAUUUCUGCAAGUGUGGCAAGCAGAGCUUAUAAUGUCGGCAAACAGGUUUUCACAACAGUGAAGGCAGAAUUUCAAAAGAAAGCAGAAAAUUCUGCAGCUUCGUUGCCUUGGAAGCUUCAAACUGUCUCAGCCAGUGUUGAUCUGAUGGUGUGGACAGCUGCAUUGCAAGAUGAGCAGGGUAUGUCACGUCGACCAUUGUAUCUUCUUCAAAGUUGCCAUUGAAAAUUAAAAACCACUCGAUUUACUCUUUAAAUCGGUGCUAUUGGAUCAACGUCACGCUCCGUCGCGGAAAAUUACCAAAUGAACUUCGCCCUUGCUCAAACUCUGCGCCUAAGGUCAGAGCUGAAUAACGCAAUGCUACGUCAUGGCUAUGCUGUCAAUAACGCAGGCUCAAGCGCUUGAGAUAAAAAUUUCAGCGAAAUUUACGGAGGAAAAAGGGGCGGGCAUUUAAACCUUAAGCAUCUUGUUGUCGUUGAAGCCAUUUUCUCCGACGUUAUUCAGCUCUGUCGCGCCCAAGCUGUAUAUGAUCUUCAUUUGUAUUGUCGACCUUGAAAAAUAAUGUUUCCCUUGCUUCAGUUAUGUGUGUUUUUUGUUACAGAUGGUGAUACACUCUGCCAGAAUAUUUCAGAGUUCUUGUGUUCCAGCUUAGCUGUGUCCUUGGCUCAGACGGGCAGUUGUCUCUUUAUCCUGUGUUGUUUGGAAGGGCUUGCUACACUGGCGGAAAAAAUUCCAUCAUUAACCAGGUGAAGAUAAUUUGCGCGAUUGUGUGCAGUGUAUUACUUGAAAAGAAAAAUCAGAGUGGUUAAUGACUGUAAAUAUGUGAAAAUCAUAUAUGUGAACUACGGGCAAAGAAACAAAUAUUCGUUUCAAGGGUAGUUUAUAUCUGUAAUAUCUUUUUGUAUUCAAUACAUUAAAACAGAAGUUGCUCGGAAUCGGCGACUUUCCGAAAAUGAGCAAAAUGUUUGCGAGAUCAAUGAACAUGUACUUAGAUCUGUCCCCGAAUCUCCAAAGUUCUCUUCAGUCUGAUAAUUGAUCUCAUUAAGAUUGUCUUAAAUCUUCUCUGAGUGGAAGAAGAUUGCUGUUCUCCAGAAUUUUUUGUCUUGGUGGUGAGAACGAUCCUUUUCAUAUGUUCAAUCACGAAACAAUAACCCAGUGGUUGAACAGUUUUCCCAGCUAGUUCCCUCUACCAACUUCACUCCUGACUCUAACUUAAAGGUCAUGAGAAUAAAGGGAAUGAUCACUAAUUGAAGAAGCUCUUGAUUGUUAAACAAAUUCUCCCAGUCAGCACCUUAGAAAAUGUAUAGAGAACUGUAUGGAGAAUAUGCAUACUGAUGUUUGGGUGUAAAGGGUUGAAUGAAGCGGAAGAGUUACUUCUUCAAGUCGAUUGGCCCAUCAGUGCCUGUGUAAAUCCCUUUUAAUUCCAUUGAUUAAAAAAAUAAUAAUAACAACGACAAUAAUAAUUUCUUUCUUAUUCCAUUUAAUAAUUUAGAUCAUAUUGUAGCGUUACCUUUUACUUGUGUUUCAUUUUGUAGGCCGGUACUGACCUCACUGAAAGACUUCCUUCUUCAACCUGCACCUCUGCUUGUUAAGUUAUCUGAAAAUAAAAAGAAACCAACGGCGGCAAACAUUGUAAUGACGGUGUCAUCAGACACCAACGACAAAUACCUUACAGUUAGUCAUGCCUCAAAUAAGGAGACUGAAGAUUCACCGUACCAGAAAGUUAGAAAAGUUACGUUGGACAGUAUUUGUCGGUAGGUUGAGAUUUUGAAUAGCUGUUUUUGUUUUUUCUUUCCUAUUGCUGAUUUGAACUGGUUGUAAACUUCUGUUCAUUUAGCCACUGAACUAAGACAAUCUUUUCAAGUUCUUCGGGGAGAAAUUUUCGGGUAAAUUUCAUCAUGGUGUUUGAAGUCUCAGUGUUGGAAAACAUUCCGAGGCACGCUCAACUUCUUUGCGAGUAAGUGCCAUUUUGCCACCUGAAAUCAUGGAUUGGUCGCCAGAAAUAAGCUUGAUAAGAAAACAAGAAAAGGACACUUUGUGCAGCUUACAAAAUUGUAGAUCUUGAAAGUUGAGCACAGGUACCUUUCUCCACGACGGCCAAAAAUAAGCCUCGCAAUUGGCCACUUUCGUAUUGAAUAUACAGCAAUCGCCAAGGUUUCUCUCUACUCGCCGUUGCGAAAAACAGUCCUAGGUUGAAGCGAAAUUUGAGUUUGCCAAUAUACUUUCAGGGUACUCAAGUCAGGUCAAACUGUUGACGAGAACUGUGUCCAAGCUUUCCUGGCCCGCGUCGCCAACAGACUCUAUAUUUCAGAAAGUAGUGACGGCAAUUCCACUCUCAUCUCUACCAACGCCAUUCAGACGCUGGGCUAUGUGGCUUUCAUGUUGCACUCUGUUCCUAAGACAACAGAGUCUGUGCUGACGAUUCUGCAACAGAGAUUCUGCCGCCCGCCCUCAUCUCUGGAUCCUCUGAUUGUGGAGCAACUUGGAUACCUUGUUCUUACAGGAUCGGUAUGGUUAUACUUAACUAUUUACGCCCUAAUAUCAGCAUGUAUAUUCUCCUUACUGUUCUUUAUAUAUUUCCAAUUCUACCGAAAAGGAGAAUUUAGUUAAAAAUCAAGAGCUUUUUCCCCUUAUUCUUAGGAACCUAAUAUUUGAUUGAGAAAUUAGAUGCUAGUCACUCAUAUGUGUUUAAGGUUAAUCUUCAUGAGCUUCUUCUAUGUAGCAUUAUCAGUUCUAAUGGAGCUUUCCGAUUGAGUCCCCUAAGUCCUUAAAAAAGAACAAAGGGCGACAUCAAAUGAAAACGAGCAAAUUGGCUGAAGGGUGGGAAACGGGAGUGACGCAAGUCAGUAUUUCUUUCAGUCUUGUAUCUGUUGUUUAAAAGGUUGGCGCGAGUUUCCGUAACUAAUCACAGGGCGCAGGAAAGUUAUGCUUCGCUGUGAUUGGCUGCUUCAUAAUGACACGUGAUCAGGUGCCCAGUACGACUCAAGGAAACCGCCAUUGUGUAGUUGCAAUGGCGCGAACACAUGGGAAGAGACAACAUCGUGAAAGAAACGAUGAUAAUUUUCCAAUUGUAGGAACAGUCUUAUCAGCAGAUCAUGGGGAUGUUCAUGAAGAUAACAGUAGACGCAGGUUCAAUGGCGUAUUCUCCAGAGCCUUCGAUCAAUGACAAAACGGAGGGCUACAGGUGAGUGUUAUCUGUAGAAUGAGAAAUAAUGGCACACAAGCUUGGAGACUCAUUCGGCUAGAGCGCAUCUUGGUUUCUAUAGCUCUACGUACAUCUUGCUACAACCCCUAAUUCUCAGAACUAGUCAACAAAGAAAUGUCUAAUUACUUGUUAGGAGAAUUCACCUUCCGAAGUCGAAGUUUUAUCUGUGUGCAGGGCCCGAUGUGCGAUGAAUUUGUACGCACAUUUUAUUUUAAAAUCCUCAGGCACUGUGCUCUUGCCGUCAUCAAUGCGUACACCAACAUAGCGGCAAAUCUUGACGGGGAGACCAAGCUUCAGGAUUACUUGGUGCGCCUGUUGGAGCUGUUUGUACAGUUGGGAUUAGAGAGCAAAAGAGUCAGCGAAAAAGCGCCUGUGGCUUUCAAGGUAAGAUUACGUGUACGCUAUCUCUUUAAAACGUCAUAAUUUUUUAUGAGUUAUAGAUAUGUUACCGAAAAAACGAGCCUCUGUUACAACGUAUUAACAAUACUUACAGUUCGGCUACUGUUAUAUAAAACUGGCAAAUUCAAUUUAGGAAAAGAACAAUGGAUUCCAUCUAAAAUCUUUGUGUAUUUGCUUCCUUGCUGAAUGUGAUUCCAGUCCAUUGCAGGCAACCGCUCCCCUCCCCUCCCCUUCACGAGUAUAUUUCAUUUGACUUUCCUUACAGUUUGCUAGUACUCUUAUGUACUCCCGGGUGGAGAGGCGUACUGUGAGAAUAAAGUCUCCCACCCAAAAACAUAGUACAAUGACGUGUUAGGUUUCCACCCAGACUUCUCGACCCAGAGUGUAGCACACCAACAGUUAGGGCUCUGCUAAUCCACUUAUCGAAUAUUCAGCUGAGGCUGUCACCCUACCUCCGUGCUGGACUGUCAGCUCACAUGUACGCUGUUGCUUACUUUUAAACACAGGCUUCAUCCAGCGCAGGAAACCUUGGUGUCCUCAUCCCAGUCAUAUCAAUUGUAAUGCAGCGACUUCCAGUCAUUAGUGACCCCAAGCCUCGCCUUCACAAGCUUUUCCGCGACUUCUGGCUCUAUUGUGUUGUGAUGGGCUUUGGUGUUGAAGGGUCCGGUAUCUGGCCUCACGAGUGGUAUGAAGGGGUCUGUCAGAUCGCAUCCAAGUCUCCGUUGCUCCUUGGCACAGGUCAUCUCCGAUCAGAACUGAUGUACAACUCUGCCUUGAGGAAUGAUUCGGUGGCUCCGGUAUAUGCAAUUUUUUUUGUUUUUGUUGUUUUUGCUCCACAACGACAAAGCGCGUUUGGUUGCCGAUAAAUCACAGCAGUGAUAUCCGAAAAGGUUUAAUUUUAUUUAAUAGAGACCAACAAGGAGGCAUCAAAACAAAACAAAAAAAUAAUGAGAACUAUAGCUCUCUCCGUCCUCUGAAAAACCACAGUGUGAAAUCCCCAAAAUUCGCGUCCGAGUACAAAAACCCAGACAGAAAAUCAUUUAGAAUCUCAUUUGGGGCCCAACGGUGUUCACAUGCGUGAAAAGCGUGACGAAAAAAGGGUGAAAAGCGUGAAAAUUUAGCGUGGUAGGCCCUUGUCACUGAGUUUUCGAUGAACCACUGAGGUUGCAAAAUUUCGUGCUUUACCUGGGACAACACUUGUAAUUGACAUUUUCAAACAAAAUAACUUGUACCACCAAAAUAAUUUAGAAUUUCCGUUUCUCUCCAUCACCAGGCUGAACUGAAUGAAGUACGCACAACUUUGCUAGAGACUCUUGAAAACCCUACAGAAAUUGUCACUCUGGUGAACAAGUUAAAUUUUGGUCAGUGCACAUACCUACUCUCAGUGUACAGACUGGAAUCACUCAGGGUGUCGUCUGAUCCAGGAAAGUUCUACUCCAUUUUUGACUACUUGGAGGACAAAGCCAUUGAAAAAGACAAAGCUGGUAAGAAAAUAAGACUUAGAUGCAAGAGCAGGAAGGCAGCAUGGCUUCCGAGUUUGCGGCGCGUGGUUUGAAAUCUAAAGCGCCCAGUUUUAAUUUAUUUACUCGUUCUGCUCAUCAAUUUGAUUUAUUUUCUCAGUAGUCGCGAGUUUAACUUCUAUACUGAACGUUUUAACCCCUUGACUCCCAGAUCUCCUUCUCCUUACUGUCUGUCAUACAAUUUUGUGAUGUUUGUUACUAGGAAAUUGUUAUUCGAUCAACUAAUAAUCACCUAAUUGACAUUUUCUUUACCCUCAUCGCUUGUCUGCGCAAUAUUGUGUGGAUACUGUGAGGAAAAAUCUUUUCUUGGUCAUUCGCCGGAGUUUUAGGGUUAAUUGGAACUAUUUACGCUAAAAUAGUAUUCAGCAAGUUUCGACAGUGGCAGGAACCCUAACAUCAGUAGACAUAUUCUCCAGACUGCUCCCGAUACAUUUCCUGAGGUGCUGACGAGGAGAAUUUGUUUAACAAUCAAGAGCUUCAAUCGUUGGUGAUCAUUUCCCUUUUUUCUUGUGACCUUAUUUGUGAUUUGGGGGUAAUGGUUGUAGCCGACUUGUGCGUUUUAGAUCACUCUUAAAUAUAACUGGUUAUUCAUUUUGUAAUGUUAUCAGGAAUCUGGCAAUGCAUUUCCGCUGUUGGAGAUAAAGUGUUCUCGGUUUUUCUAAACGUUAUGUCCAACAAACCUAGAACAAUGGAGAGGGAGACAGAACUGGAGAGGCAUGCACAAUUUUUGUUGGUGAAAUUUAAUCAUCUUCAGAAAUGGAUAAGGCGCGUUGCCGACAAGUAUCUAUCUUCAUUUGUUGACAAGUAAGUAGAAAAAUUUUGUGCGACUUUUAUUUGACCGUCGGAAGUAAUCCGAAAGUUCAUUGGGUUUGUGAUUGGUGUAGAAAACUCACGCCAUUCUUCCAACCAAUCAGAUGCAAAACUAGAGACACUCGCAAAUUUGUCACCCGCGUUUUCCCGCGCUUCAGGCAGUUUGAUUUUGUAGUUGAGUUCUUAUUGGUUCCUUUUGCGAUUUGCUCUGCUCUGAUUAGCUAUUGUUAUUACUGUAGUUCAGGUUUCACGACACUUCCACGUGCGCUCUUUAGAUUUACUUAAAUGGUAAUUCAUUUAGCCUUUUAGCCCCUAAGGGUGACUAGCAUCUAAUUUCUCUUUACAAUAUCACCCCAUGAAUCAAGCAUGACAGUUAUGAGAAUAGAGAAGAUGAGCACCAUAAUGCAGCUCUUGAUUGUUAACCAAAUUCUCCCUGUUAGCCUCUUAGGAAAUGUAUAGAGAACAGUAUGGAGAAUAUGCAUACUGAUGUUAGGGUGUAAAGGAAAAAGAUAUCAGCCAUGGCCUCAAAAGAAACGCAAUUUACUCAAUUAAUUUUUCUUGGUCUUUUUGUCUAACAUAGGUUUCCGCAUCUUUUAUGGAACGGCAGGGUGCUCCAUUUUAUGUUGGAUCUUUUGCAGGAAUUAUCCAAAUGUCUGAUCCAUCCAGUAAGUUAACAGCCAAUCAAAGAACGUUUAUAAGUGCUUCGUGAUAAUUAACACGCAAAACAAGCAGUUAAUUAGGAGGAAAUAAUUAAUAUAUAGGCUAGAUUUUAAACCGCCUAGUUGCAAGAGUAACAAUCCAUCCAAGAGAAAAUUGCUUGCCGAGUAGACGUUACAUUUUGGGUUUUUCAGUUGGAAAGUGGGAAGUGUUAAAGGUACGAUUUUUGUGAAUAAUCCAUUUUACAGUUGCGUGCUUGGUUGCCAAGCCUUUGAACAGGAGUGAUGCUAAGGGUGACCUUGAUAUGAUACAAACCUUGUUGCUUCUCAAAUGUAAAUUACUAUGUUAUCAUGUUAACUAGACACUGGUCUCUAUCGCAACAUGGUCAACUUCAGCCUCACUCUAAAUCAAAGGCUUGGCAACUGAGUACACAACUGUAAAAUGGCCUAAUGCGUGAAUUAUGUGUAAUAAUACUCAUUGUCGCUUUAUGCUGUUGAAACCAGGAUAAGCUCCGGCAGAAUGAGCCAGUAGACUUGAUUUAAGACAACUUACCUACCUACCUACCUGUCCUAUGAACGUACUAAGUUUUGUUUUCCCCAUCAUUGGCACAAUUCAGAAUGAAAACCACCAGAAAAUCGAGAUAACGGUGCCCAGCUCUGUACCUGUCAGGCUGCUUGUUCCUGAAGAGAUGGACGGCCGUGAAGGGACAGUUAGAGAUUUUGCUGCGCGCUGCAGUGGAAUAAUAAAGGAGGCGCUUAAGUGGGCGCCGGAGACAACCAGAUCAUUAUUACAGGUGAGUCAUCAUCAUCAUUGUCCCUACCCCUCCUUGUGAAUAAUAGCACCAGUCUCUCUCUCUUUCACUCUCCGGGCUGAUUUAUCGUCCGCAGCUGUGGCUGCUUCAUUGCAGGUUCUCAGGUGGGUUUGAUGAAUUGAUCCUUGACCAAGACAGAAUUUCUCUUUAUACUAUCAAGACAAUGUCAAGCAGACAAGUAAUGAGAGAAAAAAGAAAGAAAUAAUCAAUUAAGGUAGUGAUAGUUGAUCUUAUUACAAAUUCUCCAGAGUUGUACAGCAGACAGUAAGGAGAAUUUGGUUGGUUGUAACUUGUGUGAGACAACUUGCCUGAAAGCGCGCGACCUUUUCAUUACAACGUCCGUGCAUGCGCAGAUGUUUGAUCGCUGUGAUUCCUAUAUCGCGCUUUUUUCUGUUGUAGGAUUACAUCAUGGAGCUAGGAAAUGCAUCUCAGGGAGGGAUCCACCACACUGGUUUGUCCCUUGCUACGGAGAAUGUCUUGCAGUUUGCUGGACUUAACCCUUCUUCUGUAGCGGUUAGUCACGUGUUCCUUGAGAAACGACCGAAAUGUGUGAAACAAGACACUUCGCAAGUGGUAUCUGGACUGACCUUGAGAAGCAGAUAUCUGGGAGAGGUAAAUAUGGCACAUAUCGCCCAGUAGAUGAACUUACACCAGGAAGUAUGUUUCUUGCUUCCAGAAUUUUUUGUUCUACUUCGUUUGCUUUCAUCUUUUCUUUGCUGUGCUCCGCAUUAAGACAGUUUGAGAAAAGAUGCUAAUAAUUUGGCCCGCCAAGAGCACAGAGUGAACUGACACUAGAAUCGCUGACAAGGACCCCUCAUGUAUACAUAAAUGUGUGUUUGCUGAUAGUGUUUACGCUCGUAUAUAAAGCCAACAGAAUUUGCUGAAUCAAAUGCGAGAGAUAAUUGGUUUUACUUGGAUCGAUUGUGUCGAAGGAACUUUCAUUUUUACUUUGUUUUGUCUGCUCAGCUGGCUAAGCACGGUCAAAGGCAGUUGGAAGUAGAUACUAUUCUUUUUCACGUUCUUUGUUCGAUUACUCUCGCUGUAGAUUUCUGGAAUAAGGGAACUACUGACCAGUCAGACGUCUAAAAAUAAAGAUGUGAAUGAAACAUUAUCCGCCAUGUUAAAUAAACAGUUAGAGGAAGCGAAAUCGGGCAAGGAAGAUGCUUUUGUAGCCGCCAUGUUCAGAGCAUCAGCGUUUCUUGUGACUUCACAAGGUACUGCAUUCACUUUUACUACAUCUUAUUUUAUGCAAGAAUGUGAAUUGGUAAUUCAGGGCCCUAAAUGAAAAAAAAGUCCUAAAUUGCCUUUUGGCGAAAAAUGGUCGCCAGCAGUAAAUUUGUAAUCGUCUAUUUAAGACAAAAUAGUCAGUAGAGCCCUUUUUAUAUAUCAUAAUUUAUGCCUGACAACAUUUUACAACGUACGGAAAUAAUUUAUUUAUCUUAGAACAAAUUUGUCAUUAUAUUACACACAGUGUCUUACUUUCCAUAGUUUUUUUCGCUUCUAAACUUAUGCUGGUACGCGCACGAGCGAGCGACCUGAAACUCUGCCAGAAAAUUUUGUACUCGCAGUCAAAAAUGUCUGAGAAUCUAAAAAAAGUAUCUAUUCUUUGUUUUCUUCUAGCUGUUGAUCGACAGCUACUGCAUAAUCUGUGUUGGUGUCCGGCUGAUUUGUUCACUGAGCUGUCCAUGUCCACCGCUGUGUCGUGUUGGGAAUGGAUCAUGGGCGCGCGACAAGAUCUGGAACUUCCAGUAAGAUUUUUUUUUUUCUUGCAGCAGUCUCCAUUGGUUGAUUUUGAUACUCAAUAAUUCUAGUUAUGAACGAUAACUUUUGUGUAUUUCCAGAUGUUAAGUAAAAUCAGCGCCGCAUGGCAGUGGACGGUUUGUCGACGGAUCGGUUUAUUUGCAGCAGACCAGCUGACCGAGAGCCCACUAUCAGCUUUUUCCGACAACAGAUCCCCACCCACUCCCCCUAAUGUCGCUCCACAUGACAUUUGGAUCAAGUUUCUUGUUCGUCGGUUUGAAGUGAUUAAGUAUUACAGUCGUGACCAGGUGAGGGACAGAAAUGUGUUCAAAAACAACUCCAGCGCAAAUAUAUGAUGAUAUAUUUUUUUCAACUUUGCUUUUUUGUGGUCUUAUUGGAGGUUGUGGUGCUAGUAUAGGAGUGUUUUGUGUCUCAUUCUGUACUGGGAAAAAGUACAUAUUAUUUUUCAUAGAGAAUAUUUUUGAUAACCUCGAGAAACGCGAAAAACAUGAUUGUUCAGCGUAAUUACGAGAAAAAAAACACAACUUACCUUAACCCUUUCACUCCCAGUUGUGAUCAAGACAGAAUUUCUCCUUACAAUAUCAAUACAAUAUCAAUCAUAUAAGUGAUGAGAAUAAAAAAAAUCAAUUUGGGGAUAAUUAGUUGAUCCAAUACGAAAUUCUCUGAACUAACAUUAUAGAAAUUGUUCGGUUGACAGAAAGGAGAAUUACAAAUUUGAUCUGGGAGUUAAAGGGUUAAUUGUUGAGUGUCUGCCUUAAUGGGAGACAGCCAUUUUGUGUGCGCGCCAGUUCUCUUGCAACAUUCUCUCUCUCUUUCUUCCAUUUCACCCUUUAACUCUCAUGAGUGACCAAGACAGAGUUUCUCCUUACAAUAUCAAUACAAUAUCAAGUAAGUAAGUGAUGAGAAUAUAGGAAAAUAUCAAUUAGGGGAUUUUUAGUUGAUCCAAUACCAAGUGCUCUUAAUUAACGUCGUAAGAAUUGUAUAGCAGACUUUAAGGAGAAUUUUUAAUACAAUCUUGGGAAUGAAAUUAUUAAAACAAACUUUUACUUAAGGAUGUGUUUUUUCUUAUAUUUCUAUCUUCUGUAGGUGGAGAUAUUUGUUACAAUGCUACAGCGUUGUCUACCACUGUCUGUCCAAAGAAAGAACUUUGUUUCCCGGCACAUUGCUGCUCUCAGAGCCAGGUUUCGGUUACUUCAUCUUGGACUGUCCAUUCUUCAAGGGGACUUCUUAUCAAACUCAGUUAUGAAGAAUGUUUUAAGGGAGAGGAUCUACUGCAAUGCUUUGGACUAUUUCAGGUACAGUUUGUACUGGUGUAUAGAGUUGAAAAGCUAACGUUUCGAGCAUUAGUCCUUCGUCAAUCGCUCUGACGAAGAGCUAACGCUCGAAACAUCUGCUUGGUGGCCAAUUUACGUGAUCAACUCAGUUAAUAAUACUAAAUUACCCUUUUAUACUCUCCCACCGACGCAUUACUAUAGUUUCUCUAGAAACUUACCACUUUUAUUAAUGGUUAACUAGCUAGAAUUAAGUCGUCAUAUUUUGUGCAAUUUUUUAGCUUUUAAAUAUGAUAUAGUUCAAAUCAGGGACAUGUAAAAAGCGAACUUCGCGGGUGAGUCAAAAAAAAUAAUUAAAAAAAAAAAAAUGAUAGAAAAAAUUCAGGCUUCGACGGGAUUCGAACCCGUCUCUCCUAGACACUCCUCGGACGCUUCUGCCAACUGGACAACGGUACCAGAUGUUGGGAGUGAGGUUUCCUUUCUGUCAUUGCGAUAAUUUCAGAUCACAUGCCAAUAUCGUUUAUACAAUGUAUUUUAUCCUUGGGUCAAAAUGCCAUCUCUCUCAUUUAACUGUGUAGCUCAAGCCAUUGCAAUUUAGCUUGAGAAUUCUGCAAUCUCCUCAUUUUUGCGACACUCAGAAAACCUGUAAAACCGGAAGUAUCUCUUGAAGGUGACUUUUUUCGAUAAAAGAAGAAGCCAAUCAGACGAAAGAAAUCUUUACUGUACAAAGUAACGCUAAAUAGUUUGAUGUUUGGCUUUUUUUGCUUACAAUUUCCUGUUUCCCAUGUUAUUGGAAAAACUUAUGUUUGUGGAGAUGUUCAUAGUUUCCUGAGUUUGAAUACGGAUUCUAAAGAACGAAGUUUAAAAAGCAAGGCGUUGUAUUACUCGCCCCAGUCUCUCAUCCGUCUUUCUUGUAUCACUGUUGGUAGCGUGGAACCAAUGUGGCCAGUCAGCAAGGAUGUAGAACUGCGGGAAGACAUUCAGGUGUUGAUCAAAUUCUGGCAGGCCAUGCUUUCCGACAAAAAAUACAUGAAGUACUUUAUGGUAGCGGCGCCUGUAGACACCAGCCAGCUUUUAACGCAUGGCUCCUCCACAGGAUCUCAAUACACCAGUGGAUCAUCGGGCAUAGGACCCUUCCUGCAGGUAUGUAUAACGAUCCCUAAUGGGGGCUCCAUAACACUUGUGACCUAUCUAGAUAAGGGCCUUAUCUGCAGGUACGUUAAACUAUCCCUAAAGGGGGUUCCAGAACACUUGUGGAUCAUCCGGCUUAGGCCCUUUCUGCAGUUAUGUUUGACAAACCCUAAUGGGCGUUCCAGAACACUUAUGGCCUAUCUGGGUUAGGGCCUUAUCUGCAGGUAGGUUUGACGAUCCCUAAGGGGGGUUCCAGAACACUUGUGGUCCAUCUGGGUUAGGGGCUAAGUUGUUGGUAACUUUAACGAUCCCUAGAGAAGACCCGAUGCCCAAUUGCAUCAUUUUUCUGAGGGCUUUGUUUGCAGGUAAUUUUAAUGAUCUUAGGACGCGUCCCAUUAUCAGACUUGGGUCCUUAUUUAUAUUUUUAACACUUAUUUCCUGCGCGUUUAGUUUUUUGUGUUUUUCAAUUAUUUUGUUUAUGUGUUUGUUUUUUUUUGUUGGUUAAAUGAGACUUGAUUGUACUGAACUGUUGAACUCUGAGAAAAUUAAAGUUGUAUUCAAUGGUGCGAAGCUAGAGGCUUAAAAUUUCUUGCUCGUAUUUCUAAUUUCCUUCGCCUCUUGAAGUUCCGGAGAUUGUGGUACAAUUUAUAAAAUUAGUUUCACGUGAGUGAACCGCGUGUAGUAUUCCUCGCGCGAUACACGCGUGUUCCUCCCGUUUCAGAGCGCUUCUUUCUCAGGAAGAUAAAACUAACCGGCAAAUCGUUUCGUGAUGCUUCUUCGUGUUCUCGCCUAAUGCUGCUGAUGGACACUUUAUGAGCUGAUUGCUAAUCGCCAAACAAUGUUGUAACAGGUUCAAGGGUCAAGACGAAGCUCUUAUGCGCUUUUUAUGGAAGAUAUGGUAAUGCGUGAUUUGCUUGUAACACUGGCAUCUAUAAGAAGGCUGCCUCUUUGGACGCACUUCUAUGUUUUUUGUUUUUUAUUUUUUGUUUUCUUUUCUUUGUCUUUUAAUUUUGAGUUUAUUUCUUUUUAUUGUUUUAAUCUGUUAUUUUUACAAUUUGUGUUGGCUUUUGUUUGGUCUCUCUACGUUUUUCCAAAGUGGACAUGGCCUGUUCCAGGCGGUCAAUUAGAAAAACGGAGCGCGGUGAUAAACAGUGCUAUAUUCGCAGCUGAGUUAAAAAAAAAAAAAGAAGAAGAAUGUUUUGUUCAUGAGGCGACUCGACCCAGGCUCCUUUUUAUUUUUCGGUCCCUGCAACUAUCGAACUGUUUAAUGCAGACAGUGGUUUUGAGGUUACUUUCUUCAACUUAGAUCAAAAUGAAGUCACAAGAUUGUCUCAAAUAACGUUGUUGAUCUGUCAACGGGUUCCCGAAGUCAUAUUGUUAAUUGUAUGUUAAGCUCUUUCUAAGAUAAACCCUCAAGUUUUACUGGUUAAAUGCACAAAAAUAAGAGUUAAUCUUCAGGAGCAAGUUCAAUUGCCAAAGUUGAGAUGCAUGCGUUUAUAAUUUUGUUUAACAUGGUUCGUUGCCAUGUGACCCCAGGGCAAUCGUUGGAUGAACACAAUACCGCUGUCUAGCAGUCUUUCUUCUCGACGCUCAGCCACAGAGGGCUCAACUGGAAAAGAGGCCACAGGCGGGCAACAUGUUCUAAAGGAUUAUUUGAAGCGACGAAAUCUGAUUCUGGCGUUGAUUCGUCGGGAGAUUGAACGGUUGUCGACUUGGCAUAACUCUAUGGCUCGCCCAGAGCUGAACUUCACCGGAAUGGAGUCAUUGGUGAACUGGGCAAAUCAAACAGUUUUUACCGAGAGGAUUUGGAGGGACCUUGUGAGGCUUGCUUGGCACAUCUCACCAGACAUUGCUGUGUUUCUACCAGCAAGGUAAAUUUUAAGUCUUUUUCCGCGUGACAGUGCUACUAUGUAGUUUUCAAUUGAAAGGACAAACGAUAGAGUUAAAUUCUUGGAAUUUUUCUAAGAAACACUUUGCACAACAUGAUAAACAGUACCAUAAUGACAUCAGACUACUGUUCUGUGGCUUUCAGUCUAAUAGUCGCACACCAAGGUUUGAAUCACCUACUUAAAAGUUAUAAUCACCUGGGACUGUAUCAAAAAUCAGUAUCACUGCUCCACACCAUUAUUUGAAUGUCACUCUCAAAGAUUUCAUCCGAAGACAUGAAGGGUUGAAUAUCUUAGUGCAGCAAAAUAAACUUUACCACGUCAAUGAACUGUUCAGUAGCUUUUUUUGAAUGAUUACACAUUAGGGUUUCAUCUUCAGACUUGAAAGUUCAGUGCACCUUGUACAUCAUAAGUGACAUGAUCGCAUGUCAAAAUAUUGCUCAGUGGCUGCUGUUUGAAUGAUCACACGCUAGCAAGGGUUGCAUCCAUAUCUUCUUUUCUAAAUUGGUUCAAUUCACUUUUCGAAGGUUCAAAGAAGUUUCUGCAGUACACAAAGAAGUCAGUCGCUUGGUCCGAAUCCAUCCAACAGCAGUAGCUGAACUACCCGAAGCUAUACAGGUGACACGAAGCUCACAACAGGAUAUAGAGAUUAUUCCGUGGAAAGUGCGCACGAACGAUUUUUAUUCUCAAGUUACGAUGCAUAAAAAAAAAAAAAAAUCGAGUCGAGUUUUGUGCUCGAACUGUUGCUUCGAACAGGUGCUUGAAGCCUGUUUAAUUUGCCCAAAAGGUUACUCUUUUUUUCCUCUCUUUCUUGUUUUUAGUAUCUGGUCACUGAAAAGAAUAUCAAAGCCGAUAUUCCUGAGCUCACGCACAUUCUGUGUUGGUCAGCCAUUCCCCCUGUCCAGGCCAUGGCGUACUUCUCACAACAGUACCCACCCCACCCUCUGACAGCACAGUAUGCCUUCCGUGUGUUACAGUCCUUCCCGCCGGACGCCAUAUUGUUAUAUAUUCCUCAGCUGGUGCAAGCCACUCGCUACGACGCACUGGGAUUUGUAAGUGAGUACAUCAUGUGGGCCGCGAGGCAUUCACAACUUCUUGCUCAUCAGGUGGGUAGCAAAAUAUGUUGUUAUUUGUGUUGCAGACACUGGUACGAACGAAGCCAUUGCGCUCAACUCUGGAUCGAAAAGUGCAGAUUCUUGCAAUGUCUCUCUCCACCUGGUAGUUUAGAUAGUUUCUGUAAAACUAGUUGCCGAAAUCUUUUUAAGUGCCAAGGAUAGCCUGUUAUGGACUGGCAUUCCAGCAAGCAAACGAAAUAGACCUGCUAAUGUCUCCAGAGCUGUACAAGUCAGUUUCGUAUGUUAGACUCUUAAAACUAAGGUAAACUUAAUCGUCCUCGAACAUUUCGGCAGGUUUCGCCUAGCGUAGAUUGCUUGACGACACUGAUGUGUCAUGUUUGGAGUUGCAUAGAUUACGUGACGUGUUAUGAGCAUUACAGUUUACGUAAUGUUUUUUGUGCUGCAUAGAACUGCAUAUAAUUUUUGAUUUGGAAAUUAAUAUGGAUGUGUAUAUUCACUAAAGCCUCAAUUUGACGCGAAAAUUUGUACGGUGAUUUGUCCGCGGAUAUUAUCUGUUCCAAGAUGCGAACAGUUUUCCGAGCUCGAGGAAAACUGUGCGCUUCGAGGAAGUUAUAAUGCCCAAGGACAAAUAUCUGUACAAGUUUUGGCGCAAAAUAGAGGUUAUUGUGUUUAUUAUCCUUCAGAUAUUUUGCAGAGCGCGUGAAGAAAAUUUUACGAACAGCUUACUGUAUUCAGCUUGGGAUGUUUUCUUUCGAGUGUUCUCUGCUACGACUGAAUGAACAAAAAAGGAUUUCCCCUCUUCUGUAAUAACCAUAAAACCCUCUCUCAUCUUAGAUCAAAUUUGAAAAGAAGAAUUGUCGUAGUGGACGUAAGGUUUGAAAAUUGAGGAAUAUCGCUCGGGUGAUGUUCUCGGAUAUCACCCAGUUUUAGCUGUGGAAUAUUCUAUCACGAGCUGCGUUUAGACCAAUCGCGUACCAGCAAAACUAUUUGAUGGAUCGUAACAAUUGCUACACGUUUGACAGCAAAUUUAAGUAAACUAUUUACAAGUUUGGACAACGGAAAAGGACUUUAACGGGCGCUUUUCUUAAUUUGGAGCUUACCUUUGAUCUUUAUCUAUCAUUAUUUCUUAUCAGCUGAUUUGGAAUAUGAAAACCAACGUAUUUACUGAUGAAGAGGCCCUUCACAAAGAUUCAGAAAUUGGCGGUCAUCUUGAGAACUUAAUUGAAAGAAUCACAAACUCGCUUUCAGGAACAGCGCUCGAUUUCUACAAGCGAGAAUUUGACUUCUUCGACAAAGUUACUGCUAUAUCUGGAACUAUAAGGUAGGUGUAUUAACGAUUAGAGGAUCUACGAAGUGAAUCACGAAAUUGUGAAUGCCAUUAACUCUUUUAACUCUCAUGAGUGACCAAGACAGAAUUUCUUCUUACAAUAUCUAUAUAAUAUCCAGCAGACAAGUGAUGAGAAUAAAGAAAAAUAAAUGGGGAUUAAUUGAUCCAGUAGGGGAUUAUUCGUUGAUCCAAGGAGAAUUUUCUUCUUAUAAAUUGAAAAAAAUCCCUUCAAAGAAUUGUACGCGAGAAGGGCUCUAAUGGUAGCGUUGCAAGACGCGUGCAAGGAGAAUACCUAAGGAGAUCUUGGGAAUGAAAGGGUUAUAAACCUUGAAAAAAAUCGGGACUUCAACAGAGUUGAUUUUGUAGCCUGCGAGAAGGGCUCUAAUGGUAGCGUUGCAAGACGCGUGUUUUUCCGCCCGAGGAGAUUUGAGACGAGUCGGGGACAGACGGCUCACUAGCUUGCGUUGCUCAAAGCCUCGAACUUUCUCGCACGCAAAGAAACGCUCGCGCCGAAGCGCUAAUAAAGAGGAAUUGCUCGCACGUUAAUAAUUUUAUGACUUCAUGAUUUUGGUACGAUGCCCUCGCCAACUGAGCCGCUCACGUUGGGAAAUAGUGAACUAAAUGUUCUUGAGUUCCAUGAAAAAAGAUGAAAUUUAUAAGAAUGUUUACAAAGUGGAUUAAACGUUUUUGAACUGCGAUUUAAAAGAGAAAACCACUUUCGAGAUCGAGGGUGGAAGAUUUUAUCUAUAGAUUCAAGAGCUUUCUCAGAUUUUCAAAACCUGGUCACCAAAAGGUUUCUGGUCUGUCGCCCCGACUGCAUUUAUUAAGCUACUAGUUAAACACCAGAAUGUUAAGAGGAAAUUUUUAUUUUCACGUGAGAGAAAUGUUGUAUGAAUCCUACACUCGUUUCUUUCCAUUGUACAACACAGACCGUACCCCAAAGGUCCAGAACGGAAACAAGCAUGUCUCGAGGCGCUUAGUAAGAUCAAGGCCCAGGAAGGGGUGUAUUUGCCGAGCAACCCAGAGGCCCUGGUGCUGGACAUUGAUCACAAGUCAGGAACGCCAAUGCAGAGUGCAGCUAAGGCCCCAUUCCUCGCGCGGUUUAAGGUCAAACACUGUGGAAUUCAAGAAUUAGAGACCAUGAACUCGUCAAAAGGUAACAACAAAAACCGGAAUGUUAACAAAUCCUGCCACAAGUUCAUUUUCUUCAGUUUCUUCAAUUUCUUGUCUUAAAGGGGAAAGGAGACUUCUCUCUCAAUAAGUUGGGAAAAACACUCGACUACGACUCGUGUUUCUCCCUAUACUUCUUUUGUGCUCUAGCCGCUUCCUGUGUGCUUUACAACAGAAUAGAGCACAGUCAAGGCUUCUCUAUUUGUUAAAUACCAUGUGACCUUAUAAUUUGAAAGUGUAUGAAAAUUACUUUUGUUUUAAAACUUCGUAGAUUUUUCGUCGUCGGAUAGUGAGGACGAAAAAGAAAAAAAUAAGAUCUACUGGCAGGCUGCCAUAUUUAAAGUCGGCGAUGACGUCAGACAGGUAACGUGCGUCUUUUAGAUUGUCUCCCAGCAAUCUUACAUUUCGGUGUGCGUUAUGUUUCCUAUUCCCGUUUUAUCUUACACAACUUGUAGAGUUUGUUGUCAAACGUGCUGUCUUUUUUCUUUAGGACAUGCUGGCACUGCAGGUGAUAUCACUUUUUAAAAACAUCUUCGAGCAAGUUGGAUUAGACGUCUAUCUAAAGCCUUACAGAGUCGUGGCCACUGCCCCUGGGGUAAAAAAAUUCUUGAACUAAAGAUCUUUUACCUUGGAGAACUCUCUCCCGUAAACCGAAUCCCCGACCACUGUUACGUUCAUUGCCUCAGACGAAAAGUAAUUAGCUCUCCUAUCUUACGAUCAAACGAUGAGAAUUUCAUUUCAACAUUUGCUUAUAAUAGUUUUGAUCAUUUUCUGUCUCAGAAUGGUGUUAUUGAAUGUGUACCAGACUCCAAGUCACGUGACCAACUUGGCCGUCAAACCGAGGUGGACUUGUACGAGUAUUAUCAGAAGACGUAUGGUGAUGAAAGCACGUCAGCUUUUCAACAGGUCUGGAUAUCUAACUUCUUUUGUUUAUUAUUAUUAUUAUUAUUAUUAUUAUUAUUAUUAUUUGGUUCAUUAUUAUUUGGUUCAUUAUUAGUUCAUUAUUUGGCAGCCAUUUUAUUUUCUCCAUUUUUAGCCCCUACUUUGUUCUUGGCUAAUACGGCUCUAAGUGACUUAGGAAUAUCUUUUUCUAUAUAAAUUGUUAGCUUAUUUCGCUGGCUUGUUAGAGUAUGUCGUUGAAAAGUUCGGGAAACACGAUUAUUCUGAGCGGGAAAGAAAUUUAAUGUUGUGAUACAUGUUGGAUGAUGUUGUUAUCCUAAUAGAUAUGAUGUAGCUAUCAGAAAGAUUUUCUCAUGGCUAGUCCUCGACUGUUCGCCACAAUCUUGAAAAGUCUUGAAGGCAUGCCGAAAAAUUAAGUUGUUCCUCGUUGAUUUUUCGAAGGCCUUCGUUUAACGGUCGAGAAUUCUCGCUGUUAUUCAUAAAUUUGAGGGUUUAAGGUUGUGUUUAAAGUUUGAGGCAUUUUUGCCUUACCUUGCGUUUCUCUUUGUUGGCUUGUCUUCAGGAAGGUAUUUUUAUUUGUAGUGCCUUUCUUGUUUUAAACCCCAUUUUUUUUUGUUUUUAGGCUCGAGCCAAUUUCAUCAAAAGUAUGGCAGCAUACUCCAUUGUGAGUUUCCUGCUGCAGAUCAAAGACAGACAUAACGGUAACCUAAUGCUGAACAGAGCUGGUCAUAUUAUUCAUAUAGGUAAGCUACAGAAGCCCACCUUGUUCUCAGACUACUCUUAUGUUUUGUGCCACGAAAUAGAAAGCAGACUGGCAUCUCGCAAAAGAUGUCGUACCUUUUUCAAAUCUGUCGUUUGAAUUCUGGGGUAAUCUUCUUUAUCCCCCACUAUCUCCUUCCUCUUUGUGCUUCUUAUGUUUAUUUUAAUUCCUUUAUUUCACAAGUCUGGUUUUUGUAACCCAAACAGAUUUUGGUUUUAUGUUCGAAUCGUCUCCCGGAGGCAACCUUGGUUUUGAGCCUGAUAUGAAACUGUCACAUGAAAUGGUGAUGAUCAUGGGAGGAACAAUGGAGUCCCCCUCAUUUAGGUAAAGUAACGUAACGUAACGUAACGUAACGUAACGUAACGUAACACAGGCAGUAAGCCUAUGCUACUUCUUUGUCUCAAUUUAGGGUAAACUUUCGGUAUCAAAGGAAUAUCUAGCCCUUGCUAGUUAUCUGAUGAUUAUUCUUUUAUCAACUGCUAAGGUUGAUUUACUUGCACACACAAAAUUUGCAGCCCUCGUCAAUGAGUCAGUACUUUGACUGUCUCGAUUUACCGUAUCAAAGGAAUAUCCAGCCAAAUGCUUAUUAUAUAAUGAUUAUCCUAUUAGGAAGCAAACUACCAUAGCCACAAUGUGGUCUGGCAGGAAAAACAUUAAAGUUUUGGUUAAAAUGCCCAUACCAACGUAAAUGAGAUAUAUCUCGUUGAAUUAAGGAAAGAUCAAUGUUCUGAACAGUUUGGAAAAAAUCUAGAAACGUGGUUCUCAUCCACCUCGAUCAAAAUUAAAGCUGGCUCGUAACGCUCCUCUUUUAGGACUGGUCGACUCACUGUUAGGUCUCACCACUGAAAUACGGCGGUUCCCUGGUUCACUGGUCUUCUAAGUUGCGAACGUUUUCUCUGCACUCUUUCCCAACGUGAAAUAUCUUCACGUCGCAGUUAUACGACUUCGGAAUCCAACUGUGACAGUUUUUACUCUUCACACAGAAGGCCUCUCACAUGUGAACCUCGACAAAUCCCAGCUCACCAACGAUUUCACGGGAAAUAAAUUUACGUACGACUUACCGCAAAGUCAUAACUGGCUAACGCUUCAACCCUCGUGGAGCAUUCUGGACAACUUUGCGCAAUUUUACCUGUAUCUCUGAUCAAAUGUUGAUAUAAUUCAUUUUUUAGAUGGUUCAUGGAUUUGUGUGUGAAGGCCUAUCUUUCAGUCAGGUGAGAUAAAGUGGCGUAGAAAAACGCUUCACACUCGUUUUUUCUUUGCAUCUGACUUUACGUAGCUUUGGUUUUUGUUUUGUGAUUUAUUUUAUUCAACAUUGACUAUCCUCUUCCCUCCUGUCAGGCCUUACCAGGAAGCAAUCGUAUCCCUUGUUGCACUGAUGUUGGACACUGGUCUGCCAUGUUUCCGGGGGGAAACACUCAAAAGACUCAGGUGAUUAAUGAUGAAAGGGUAGUCUUUAAGUUCACCGCUUUAAUUGAUGAUGUAGAGAUAUUUAUAUUUAUUUUUGUUAGACGAAUAGAUUUUGGAACUGUAACUUAAAAUAGAUGUUUGAGUUUUUGCUCUGUGACAAACUACGAGUUACUCUGUAGUCCUAUGUCCAUCGCGUUGGAUUUAACUUUACGAUAAACAUCUCGUCAGGCGUUUUCAUUUGUUUUGUUUUUUGUGUAUAACAGAGCAAGAUUCAGCCCGGCACAGAGCGAGAGAGAAGCAGCCGCAUACAUGGUGAAAGUUAUUCGUGACUCUUAUCUAAACUACAGGUGAGAAGAGUGGUGAGCUGUGAUCUCGCCUUUCUCGUCAGACCUUUUUUCUUAACUCUCAAAAUGCAUUUAUCCACCAAGGAGUGGAAAGGGUUCCGGCAAACUGUUAGGUAAACCUACUAAAAUGAUGAAAGUUACCUACGGGAGACUGGUAUACCAUGGGGGGGGGGGGGUGUUAAUUCUUCGAGCUUUGUGACAUUCACCUUCUCCAUCUGGUGGCAUUUUGUACUACUAAUCAUGAGAAAUCCUUCAAAAAGGAAAAGUAUUCAUGCCAUGCUAUUUCUCCCAAGAAGUUUGCUGCUUUUUGUUCACUAUUUGGACUAGUUACUCUUCAACUCCAGGGACUACUUCUUCACAUAAAAAUACCGGUCGCCAUUUCACAAGAGGAUUUAUUUUUGGUUUUCACUUUUUGAGAGCGUCUGAAAUUGUGAUCUAUUUUUCCUUUGCAGGACCCGAGUUUACGAUUUGAUUCAGUUGGCCCAAAAUCAGAUUCCAUGCUAG